UGUGAAAUGACCCUAUGCAGCAACUUGAUUUGUGCAUACAAUACGGGUCCUCGUGCAGGUCUCUCCAGAACCGGAUCUGCAGAAGAUUCUGGCGACGGCACGCCGUUGGGGAUCGAUCCUUCCUGCAUCGGUGGUCUUCACGCGUGCCACAUUCGACGAGAUGGUCGCUCAGCGGGCUGUCAUCUUUCUGGAGGACAACGCGAUGCACAGCCUCGUCGCGGCCCUGUAUCCUCAGAAGCCGGGACUCGGCAUCAUCUAUCCAGCCGUGCAGCACACCAUAUCGGCCCAGUUCUCCAUGUUCAUGCGAAACACUCUGGACCCGAAAAUUAUGAAACUUCUGCACACCAGAUGCCGUUGGAUGCACGAGUCCGGACUAACGGAGCGGAAGCGGCUGCAGUUACUGCCGCGCUCCUGGUACCUGACGCGGCCUUCUUCGUCUCAAGUCCACUCCCUAUCGACGGAAGAUACGGCGGCCCUGUUCUACAUGGUGUUGCUGGGACUAAGCGUGGCGAUGGCUGCACUCGCAGGCGAAUUGAUCCUUCACCGCUUGAUGGGAACGCAAGGACCGAUUCGUGGAAUACGGACUAGGCGGCUCGUCAAGAAGCGACCUCGUCUGCGUUUAAAUAGGCCGAAGGGGAGCGUCGUGCCCAUGUACUGAGGUCAAUACAGCUCUCUAGAACGCCGGAACGGCACACUGCGGGACGUUCCAGCACGCUACGGCACUGUGUAUACCGAUAACAAGUAGUUUGAGAUAAAUCACGCUUAAGAAUUCAUCCUAAGCGGCCAUGCAUGCUAGGACUUGGGCUCUUUCAAACCAGGUGUAAUCGGCAAACGUAGUCAGUGUAGUCCGGAGCGUGCCGUUCCAGUGUUCUAGGCAAGUGUGUUGACCUCUGUACUGCGCUCAUAUUAUGACAGCACUCCCUGUGUUCGCCUAAAAAGUCUCUCACGUGCUAGUUUUAACUAUACUGGAAUGUAAUUCGAGUGGUGUGUCAAAUACGUAAGCAGACUCGAGAGUCUGGGCUUAAACUAGCAAGCUGAUUCGUUAAUUUGAUGUUAGCGCACAUAGUGUUAUUGAGUAGUGCAAUAUUACGGCUCGUUUGGUUUGACACUAAAUAAAAAGAAAACGU